UCGCAUCCGCACCCAAGAAUGAACAUCUCAAACUCAAAGUAAUCCGAGGAAAAGAAGAAAUUAGAAUUGUAGAAGAAAAAAUGUGUAUAUAGAGAAAAAAUUUAGAGGUCAUUUAUAACCAAAAAAGAAGAAGAAGAAGAAAGAAAAAUCAAGGCGUAGUCUCGGCUGUGCAAAAAAAAAAGUAAAAAAUUUAUGGGAAAAAUCAAUUGCAUUGCAAUGAAAAACUAAAUUUUAAUAAUGGAAAUUCAGCUUUGAGUUGGAGGUAGAAAAUUUCCACAGCUGCAGCUGCUGCUUGUAAGUAAGGGGAUUAUCAGGGCCACUGCUUUACCAAUAUGGAUUACCUAAAGUCUCCCUUUGGCCUGGGCGUAACCCUGGCUAUUGCCCUCUUGACCUGUUCCCUGUUACAAGUAAAUGCAUCCGAAGAUGAAGAGCGUCUGGUACGUGACCUCUUUCGAGGGUACAAUAAACUCAUACGACCCGUACAAAAUAUGACACAAAAAGUUGGAGUAAGAUUUGGUUUGGCGUUCGUACAGCUAAUCAAUGUCAAUGAGAAAAAUCAAAUUAUGAAAUCAAACGUUUGGUUACGUUUGGUUUGGUAUGAUUAUCAAUUACAAUGGGACGAAGCUGAUUACGGCGGUAUUGGUGUACUGCGUCUGCCGCCCGAUAAGGUUUGGAAACCGGAUAUUGUGUUGUUCAAUAAUGCUGAUGGUAACUAUGAAGUACGCUACAAAUCCAAUGUCUUGAUCUAUCCAACGGGAGAAGUCCUCUGGGUGCCACCGGCCAUUUAUCAGAGUUCGUGCACCAUCGAUGUCACCUACUUCCCAUUCGAUCAACAAACGUGCAUCAUGAAAUUCGGCUCAUGGACCUUCAACGGUGAUCAGGUCUCAUUGGCGUUGUACAACAAUAAGAAUUUCGUGGAUCUCUCGGAUUACUGGAAGUCAGGUACAUGGGAUAUUAUUGAGGUGCCGGCCUAUUUGAAUGUCUACGAGGGAGAUGGCAACCAUCCGACCGAAACGGACAUCACAUUCUACAUAAUUAUCCGAAGGAAGACUCUCUUCUAUACGGUGAAUUUAAUUUUGCCCACGGUGUUGAUUUCAUUCCUGUGUGUCCUGGUAUUCUAUUUACCUGCCGAGGCUGGUGAAAAGGUGACCCUGGGUAUUAGCAUUUUGCUGUCACUGGUUGUGUUCCUGUUGCUGGUAUCGAAAAUUUUACCGCCGACGUCGCUGGUGCUGCCGCUCAUUGCCAAAUAUUUGCUCUUUACUUUCAUCAUGAACACGGUGUCCAUUCUGGUAACGGUGGUCAUUAUCAAUUGGAACUUCCGAGGUCCGCGAACACAUCGUAUGCCCAAUUGGAUACGUAGAGCCUUUCUGCAGUACCUACCGGCCAUUCUGCUAAUGAAACGUCCGCGCAAGACACGACUACGCUGGAUGAUGGAGAUGCCUGGCACCAGUGCUCAAACCUAUCCCACUGCCUAUGGUUCACCGGCAGAAAUGCCCAAACAGAUUAGCGCCAUUGGGGGUAAGCAGUCGAAGAUGGAAGUUAUGGAAUUGUCAGAUUUACAUCAUCCUAACUGUAAGAUUAAUCGUAAAGUGAACAGUGGUGCCGAUUUGGGUCUGGGCGAUCAUGGUCGGAGAGAAAGUGAAUCAUCGGAUUCGAUAUUGUUGUCGCCGGAAGCGAGUAAGGCCACGGAGGCGGUCGAAUUCAUAGCUGAACAUUUGCGAAAUGAGGAUCUCUAUAUACAGACUCGUGAGGAUUGGAAAUAUGUUGCCAUGGUUAUUGAUCGACUGCAGUUAUAUUUGUUCUUCAUUGUGACCACUGCCGGAACUAUUGGCAUUCUUAUGGAUGCUCCACAUAUCUUCGAAUAUGUCGAUCAGGAUCGAAUCAUCGAAAUCUACCGAGGAAAAUAGAUGAAUUUUAAACCAAAAGCUAAAAGAGAACUUUUUAAUAUUAAAUUGCCAAAUAAGUUAAACAUUGCAAAAUGCAACAAUAAGGUUUAGUAAGGAGAAAA